AUGAAACACACGAGAACCUAUAGCCAUCAUCUUCUGUACUUGUUGAUUUUCAUGGCUGUAAGCAGUUGUAUCCCUGAAACUCACUCUUCUUACAUACUACUGCCGACAAGAACAAAUAUUGAUAGAUCUUCAUAUCAUGACAAUCCUGCUAUCCGACCGUUCACUGGAGGACUACUGCAUGUUGUUUCGGGAGUACCAAGCUUAUCAACUGACUAUCCACUGAGAAUAAGAAAAAUGGACUUCCGUCAAAUAUUCAAUAUAUAA